AUGAAAAACAGGUCCAUGCUGACUGAGUUUAUUCUACUGGGCCUCACGAGUCAACCUGAACUUCAGGUGGUAUUGUUCAUCUUUUUGUUUAUCACCUACAUGCUCAGUGUCCUAGGAAAUCUAACUAUCAUCAUCCUCACCUUACUAAAUUCUCAACUCCAAACCCCCAUGUAUUUCUUCCUGCGGAAUUUCUCCUUCUUAGAAAUUUCCUUCACAUCCAUUUUUAUUCCCAGAUUUCUGACCAGCGUGACAACAGGAAAUAAAGCCAUCAGCUUUGCAGACUGCAUCACUCAAUAUUUUUUUGCCAUAUUCCUGGGGGCAACAGAGUUUUACCUCCUGGCUUCCAUGUCUUAUGAUCGCUAUGUGGCCAUCUGCAAACCCCUGCAUUACCUGACCAUCAUGAGCAGCAGAGUCUGCACACAGCUUGUGCUCUGCUCCUGGCUGGGGGGACUCCUAGCUAUCUUGCCGCCAAUCAUCUUGAUGAGUCAGGUAGAUUUCUGUGCCUCCAAUGUGCUGAAUCACUAUUUCUGUGACUAUGGGCCCCUCCUGGAACUUGCCUGCUCAGACACAAGCCUCCUAGAAAGGAUGGUCAUACUUAUGGCUGUGGUAACUCUAGUGAUUACUCUGGUGCUGGUGACAUUUUCUUACACAUACAUCAUCAGGACCAUUCUGAAGAUCCCUUCUGCCCAGCAAAGGACAAAGGCCUUUUCCACUUGCUCUUCCCACAUGAUCGUCAUCUCCCUCUCUUAUGGCAGCUGUAUGUUCAUGUACAUUAAUCCCUCUGUGAAAGAAGGAGGGGCUUUCAACAAAGGAAUAGCUGUUCUCAUUACUUCAGUCACCCCUGUGUUGAAUCCCUUCAUUUACACUCUAAGAAAUCAACAAGUAAAGCAAGCCUUCAAGGACACUGUCAAAAAGAUUGUAAAGUUUUAAGAAAAAAACAAAGAAUUAAAAACAUAUUUCCACUUCAUAAAUAUGUACUGA